AUGUCGGGCGAGGCGUGGUUGUACCUUUUCGCGGUGUUGAUAAAUGCCGUCAACCUGUUCCUCCAGGUCUUCUUCACCAUUAUGUACAGUGACCUCGAAUGCGACUACAUCAACCCUAUCGACCUCUGCAACCGCCUGAACACCUACAUCAUCCCCGAGGCUGCCGUGCACGGAUUCCUGACAUUCCUGUUCUUGAUCAACGGAUACUGGGUGGCUCUAAUCUUGAACCUGCCUCUGCUCGCCUGGAACGUCAAGAAGAUCGUCGAGAACACCCACCUCCUCGACGCUACCGAGAUCUUCCGCAAGCUGAACGUCCACAAGAAGGAAUCAUUCGUCAAGCUGGGUUUCCACUUGAUCAUGUUCUUCUUCUACCUCUACAGCAUGAUCGUUGCUCUCAUCCGGGACGAUACCCACUAA